AUGACACCAGCAGUACAAUGUAUUUUACAAUACAUGGUGUAUUUAUGCAACGAAUAUCAAAAUGGAAGAAUUUUGAGCAUACCCAAAGCAGAAGCCGAGUAUCAUGAAGAGGUGUUGUUACUUUUAUUGAGUUAUGGAUGGAAUUGUUGGACUCAAAAAGAUGAAUUAUUUUAUGUGAUGUGUUCAUAUUUGACAGAAAAGAAGCAACAUACUGUAUUGAAGUAUUUACUUUCGAAAUUUUGUUCAUUCACAAAAGAAUCAGAUUUGGAAAUGUUUGUGUAUUCUUGGAUGGUUCAUUGUUGCAUUCAGAAUCGCAAGAUUGCUCUUGAUUGUAUUCUGUCUCACUUUUUGCAUCACCAUGAAGAAAUGUUGCUGAAUGUGUUGAUCAAGCCAGUGUUAUGUUGCAAACACAGAGAUCAAAUCUUUAAUGAAUCAGGCAAUCAUAUUCCACUGGUUGGCUUACUAUUUUCAAGAUGUCACUCGUUUGGUGGAUUCUUAUUACAAACGAUUUUUGAGAGCAUGAGCGAGAAACAAUUUAAACAACUUGUGGUGAAAGAAACCAAAGAAACCAUUCUUCACAUCUUUUUAAUGACUGUAGAGCAAACGAAAGCAGAAUCGUUGGAUGUUUCUCUUUUGUUCACACUCAUUCGAAAGAAUCCCAAAUGGUUGCAUGCGAAAAAUAUUUUGAAUGACACACCUUUAACUUUAAUGCAACGGGUGAUUCAAGACUCAUAUUUGAGAUUUAGAAUUGAAAAAGAGUUUGGACGCAAACGAACAAACAAUGGUUCCAAUCCAAAAGAAGGUAAUAGAAGGAAAAUAGAAAGGGAAUAA